AUGUCUAUUUUAGAAUGGUUUUGGAAUAUACUUUGUGGAAUGGCGCAAUAUCUUACUUUUAGUAAAAAUUUGACAAACGAUAAUUUGGUAAAUAUUUACGUUAAAAGUAAUGUCGGUGGUACUAUUUCAGUUAAUUUAGAUCCUAAAAGCGAUAUUAAAAACGUUAAAGAACUGGUAGCACCAAAAUUGGGUUUAGAACCUGAUGAUGUGAAAAUAAUUUUUGCUGGAAAAGAACUUUUGGAUUCUACUGUAAUUGAGGUACUCGAUUUCUUUUCAGAUAUUUUGCAUGCUGUAAAAGUAAACAAAAAAAUUAAAAAUGUUAUUCCAGACAAACCACUUUGUGAAACUUUAGAAGAACUUCAUCAAUUGAAUGAUCAAAAAAAUGUCGAAUCAAUCGAAGAAUCAAAUUUAAAAAAUGAAGGAAAAAAUAAAGCUCAUUUUUUUAUUUAUUGUGCCAAUCCAUGUAAAAAAAUAAAUACAGGUAAAUUAAGAGUAUGUUGUUCGGAAUGCAAACAUGGAGCUUUUACUGUUGAUACCGAUCCUCAAAGUUGGGCUGAUGUUCUUGAUAAGAAUAAAAUAACGGGAGUUUGUAAUAAUGUGGGCUGUGAAGGAUUGUAUGCUAAAUUUUAUUUUAAGUGUGCCUCUCAUCCUUCUCAAGGGGAAAAUGACACAGCAGUGCCUUUGAAUUUAAUAAAAAGGAAUCACAAAAAAAUUCCUUGUUUAGCCUGUACUGACAUAUGUGAUCCAGUUUUGGUUUUUUCAUGUGACAAUAGACAUGUUACUUGUCUUGAAUGUUUUAAAAAUUAUUGUGGUUCACGACUUAAAGACAGACAGUUUUUGUCUCAUCCUGAUUUUGGUUACACUUUGCCAUGUCCUGCAGGAUGCUCUAAUUCAUUUAUAGAAGAAGUUCAUCAUUUUAGAUUGUUGACUGAUGCUCAAUAUGAGCAAUAUCACAGAUUUGCAACUGAAGAAUUUAUUUUACAAGCAGGAGGAGUUCUUUGCCCUCAACCCGGUUGCGGUCAGGGAAUACUCAUUGAUCAAAAUUGUAAUCGUGUACAAUGCAGUUGUGGUUAUGUAUUCUGUGGUAAAUGUUUAGAAGGUUUUCAUCUGGGAGAAUGCUUGAAUCCCACAGAUGUGCCAUUUUUAUCUCAAAAUUGUGAUUAUCCUUUGGAUCCGGAAAAAUUAGAAAAAGCCAGAUGGGAUGAAGCAUCAUCGACAGUCAUCAAAGUACUAACCAAACCAUGCCCCAAGUGUAGAACUUCAACAGAAAGAGCUGGAGGAUGUAUGCACAUGAUUUGCACUAGAGCUAAUUGUGGAUUUCAUUGGUGUUGGGUUUGUCAAGGUCCUUGGGAGAGAGAUUGCAUGGCAAGUCAUUGGUUUGGUUAA